AAUAGCAUUGAGUUGCAUCCCCGUGAUAACGAGCGAUAACGAGGACCACGAGGAGCGUGAGAAGCGAGGUUUCUUGUGUUCGGGAAUGGUAUAGAAUGCAUUGUGAAGGGAGAAGGAAGUAAAAGUAAUUUUUGUGUUGCUUAGUGAUACAGAGAAUGGAUGAUGAAGCAGAAACUUACAAGCUCUGGAGAAUCAGGAAGACUGUAAUGCAGUUGUGUCAUGAUCGAGGUUAUUUAGUGACUCAGGAUGAAUUGGAUCAGACACUGGAACAAUUUAAAGAGCAAUUUGGAGAUAAACCUAGUGAGAAGCGGCCAGCAAGAAGUGAUCUGAUCGUGCUUGUGGCUCACAAUGAUGAUCCCACAGAUCAGAUGUUCGUUUUCUUCCCUGAUGAGCCAAAGAUUGGAAUUAAGACUAUUAAGACGUACUGUCAGAGAAUGCAGGAGGAAAACAUUCACCGAGCCAUCAUUGUGGUGCAGCAAGGCAUGACCCCAUCAGCCAAGCAGUCUCUGGUGGAUAUGGCCCCCAAGUACAUCCUGGAACAGUUCCUGGAGUCAGAGUUACUGAUCAACAUCACAGAGCAUGAGCUGGUGCCAGAACAUGUUGUCAUGACACCUGAAGAAAAGCAAGAGCUCUUAGCUAGAUACAAUCUGAAAGAGAAUCAUCUUCCACGAAUUCAAACCAGUGAUCCAAUCUGUCGCUAUUUUGGCCUUCGUCGAGGCCAGGUUGUGAAAAUUAUCCGACCAUCAGAAACAGCUGGCCGCUACAUCUCAUACAGACUUGUGUGUUGAUGUUACUUUGUUGGUUGUGUGAGGGACAUUAGAGUGUGAAUGAAGUCUUGUAUCUGUUAGCUGUUUAGGUGUCUUCUCAAGAAGCUCAGAUCAAAUGGUGUGUGCUGUGUGAUUUAGAACUGGCUUAUGUAAGACUUGAAAUUUUCUUAUUGUGGUCUUGUGGUGUAUGACACAAUAUAGCCUGGUAGGUAGUUGCAAAGUUUUGGAAAAAUUCACUGUCAUCCUCAUGGUAGUUGAAGAUGGUAGUAAAAUGUUCCUCCAAAACAUUCAUAUCCACCUGUCACGCUAUAAAUGUUUUACCCACAAAACCACCGUAGAAUUUGCUUUUUUCUUUGCCAACUUGAUGACUUGUAAAGACAGUUCAUAAUUUUUCUUACUGAUUUCCUUUAUUUUUGAUGCUUUCUGCCAGUUUAGUUUGUUCUUAUUGUGUCUCUUCAGACAUGGGUAUUCAUUAAAAUUUUAUGAGAUUUUAGGCUGUCAGGGCAGUGAGUAUGAAGCUUGCUAUCUUCUGGAAUGUGGCAUUAUGCAGUUAGAUAGGUGCUACCCACCGUGGUGGCCCGGGUUCGAUCCCGGGUCUGGUCAAGUGGAUUUGUAGUGGACAAAGUGGCGCUGGGGCAGUU